UUCUGAUAAACCGGCCACAACCAAAAAGCUUGCGAACCUUCUACCACAACAAUCCUGCAUCCUUGAUAAUCAACCAAUCACGUUCAUUUUAUGCACUCGUGUAAAGACGUGCUCCACUCGGGAGAAUUGGGAAAUGCAACGGUUUGAACAGCCGCUUCCCUUCGACUUUAAGAAAUCAUUGUAACCAUUCAACAGAGCCUCACUAUGGAACCAUCUCUGAUCUCCUCUGCCUCCGUAGCUCCCAGUAGUGAGUGUCACAUCUUCUACUGCUGGACGCUACAGGGCAGGUACCGGGCUAUUAGUACGAGGUAGAACCUCUGUGUCCAGUGUUCACUGAUCAACCGAAUGCACCAAGUCAACAGCAUUUUAAGCUUCUGAAGGAUAUUUGGGCGAAGAAGCUCAAGCUCUGGCCUUCAGUCAGCCUGCCGGGUCCAUGUAUAGGGUCUGAUAAAAAAGCAGAUUAAAUCAGUUGUACAUUAGCUCCUUCCUGAAUUGUUAAAGCUCCUCAUGGUCCACAAAAAACAUCAGGUUCUGUUUACUUUGACUCAGGGUGGGCGGAUCAAGAUGUCUGAUUCAUUUUACUGUGUUUCAGCCCGAUGUAGUCAUUCACUGCGCAGCAGAACGGCGCCCAGACGUCAUGGAGCGUAACUCUGAUGCUGCGGUCGGCCUGAACGUUCACGCCACCAGCACGGUGUCCAAGGAGGCAGCUGCCUGUGGGGCCGUCCUCAUCUACAUCAGCACCGACUACGUGUUUGAUGGUCGGAACCCUCCGUAUGGAGAAGACGACUCUCCCAACCCACUCAAUCUGUAUGGCCGAAGCAAACUGGAGGGCGAGAGAGAGACGCUCCGACACUGCCCAGGUAGCCUCUGUCAAACUAGCCUUUUUUCCAGAUAGC